UGAACACCCAUCACUCCCCAAAAUGAGGAGGAAGAGAAGAAAAGCAUAUAGAAAAUGGAAAAUGCUGAAUGCCACAGCAUGUACUUCUCAGCCAUCUGGUCAAGCAGGUCAAAAAACCCACAAAGAUCUUGACAAGGAAGUAAAAGGAAGCACUUCAGAGACUGUGUUUCAUCCAGCUAGGACAUUAGGGAAAUCUAAGGGAAGUGGAAAUGAACCUACAUCUGCUUCUAUGGAUGGAAAGCAGAAUUCCUCUCUUCUCCCUAAAGAUAAGAAACAAUCUUCAUCUGACAGCAAAAUACACAGCAGGAAGGAAAAUGAUGUUCCUUCGUUGGCUGUCUCCCAUCAGCUAGAGAACAUCUUACCAAUGGUCAUGUUUAAUGACUCUGAAAAAUCGUUAUCAGGAAAAAUUAUUCUACGGGAUUGCCCAAGCACAGUAGAAGCUUUUAAACCUGCAAAAGGAAAAUUUAUUACAGAAGUCAACUGUGGGGCUUUCAAUGUGCAAGUAGAAAUCAAUAAAAGCAUUUUCUGUAAAACAGCUGCACAAUUCCCAACAAAAAAGAGAUGUCCAACAUGUCAGCAGCAUUACUCCGUCAGGCGCAUUAGGAGAUGCUACACGUGUAAGCACUGCUUUCCAAAAUACAAGAAUAUCUCAGAAGAAGUUUUAAAACCUGAGGUGCCAUUUGAAAAUGAACAAAAAAUUUCCAGAACUGAGAGCCCUUCUCUGAAAGUAAGCAUUGUAGAAAAAGAAAUAAAGGUCAAAUAUAUGAGUAAGAAACAGAAUAUAUUGAUUAAUAUAAUUCUUCCCAAAAGACGGAGGAAAAUAAUGAAGUCCAUGUACACAUCCUCCAAUCACAACACUAGAGAAACGUCCAGGUCCUCUCCACCGAUUUGUACUAACCACCUUGAAAACCAGCUCAAAAGCAAGCACCAGUAUUUAGGUUGUUCUCAUUCCUCUCUUCCCAUUGUGUUUGCUCUCCGGGAGGAGAAUUCUGACACUGAUGUUGUUGCUCUGACCUCAUGUCUCAAGAGAGAGAGAAAUAAGCCCAAUACACAUUCUUCUGUCUCAGACCAUAUGCAGGGAAAACCUGCCAUAUCUCAGCAGAAGGUCUUUAAAAGUAAUCAGGACACUCCAAAAAGGAAAUAUUCCCCUGUAGCUGGCACUCUUCUGGAAAAUAUUCCUGCUACUUCCUGUGACAUCCUGAAGACUACAAGUUUAAGUAAUACAGAUUUAAAUAAAAUGCCUUUUGAGGACGCUAAGGAUGUGCAUCCAGAGAGAAGCAGCAGCUCUGAUGUCCAAGAAAUCAUCACAUCUGACUUGAAUGUACAACCAGCCACAGAAAGAACAGAUUAUUUACGAAAUUCUGUUACCAGCAAUACUGCUCCCAUGCAAGAUGACUCAUAUUCUGAUUUCUGCUCUCUGUCUUUUCUGAGCAAGCAGCUCAUAGGAGAAAAAGCAGCCAGCAUCUAUUGUAAAGACAAUAAAACGCCACCUACUGAAGACAGUGAGAAUACAAAUUCUCUAUCUAUCCCUUUCAGUCAAAAUGAUAUACAAUGUUUUACCUCAGUCAGCCCAUCUCACUGGAUCACGAGACAUUUAGGACCUAUAGAGAUCUCUGGUAAAACAUUUUCCUUUACCCAGUGUCCUGAAUUUAUGGUUGGCUGUGAGAAAAGCCAUGGUGAUAUAGCAGGCAAAGACAUUACUAGCAAAACCCUUAUACAUGGUGACUCUUACGGAAGCACACAGCAGCCAUUGGAAAGGAAAAGAACCCAAAGUCCAAUGCUCAGGCCUGCCUCCUCUAGCAGCCUAGGGAGCCCAGUGCAUCACAUUAGCCCCGGCACUGUGGAAUGGAAUCAAACAGAGAUCCAGAUAAAUCAUCUAGAGAUAGAAACCCCCAGAACAAUAGAAGUACCAGUCAUGACCUGUGAAACUGAUGAAUUUGAGCAAAGAUUAAUUACGCAAAAUGAUAAAGAAGGCACAAAUGACUUUAAUUGCCGUGUGGCAAUGAGAAACCCUCCUGAGUCACUCCAUUCUCUGGAAAAGGUUGAAAACACAUGGCAAAUAUUACCAGUGGUAAAGAAUAAAGAAUUUGAAGAAGCAACCAGGGUAAACCAUAUAGAAGGCACUACUGAGUCCAGCUGUGCAGUAUGUGUUAGAGAAAAGCUCUUUCUGAGUGAGAAAACACUAACCAGUGGUGCAGGUCAGUGUGAGAACCAAAAUGAUAAAAGCCUUACAUUAACCAAUUCACAACCAGAGCCUGCAGAAUGCCAAAGGACUGCAUCAAUAAGACCGAAUUCUGAAGAAAACAAAAAUGACUCAGAUGAAAUUUUCUAUCACCACAUUGACAUAUUGCUUUCAACCCCAAAGCAGAAGGCUUUGAAAGAUCAGAACUUGGAAAUCAGUAGCCUCCGAAAGUUAUCACAGGAAUUCACUCUCAAAAGUGGAAGAGGAAGUGAUGGUUCCCAGGAAGAAGCAAUAGACCAGUGGGCCAGGAGGAGGCAACAAUUCAAGGAUGGCAAGAGAUGCAGUUCAACAGGGGGCAGUUCCUUUGCCAGCAACAUUACUGAAGGAUCCAUCACGUCAGAUGAUGGUCGUUCUAUGGAUUUUGGCUGUCGGGUUGAUAUUCAAGACAAAGGAUUCUACACAGAGAAUUUUCAUUCCGCAGCAUGGGUUUUCCGAGGGGAUGAUGGGAAUCCUGAAGAUAGUCCUAGAUGUCUGAGUAAAAAACCACGACCAACAGCGGGUAAGGAUGCUACAGUUACUAAUACAAACAGCAGGACACUCAAUUUGGGACCCUCCUUCAAUGAGACCAUUGUCUAUGUACUUGCAGACAGUGCCGCGGAGGAAGCCGGGCUCCAGAUUGGAGAUGUGGUGCUCUCUGUCAAUGGCACGGAGGUCACCAGUGCAGAGCAUGCAGAAGCGGUGCACCUUGCAAGGAAAGGUCCAGACAUCUUGACUCUGGUGGUGGGAUCUGACAUCAGUCGCUGCCCCAACACACCUUGGCCCACCUGCCGUGGCUACCUGCAUAAGAGGACUCAUUCUGGCUUCCUGAAGGGUUGGAGGAAGAGGUGGUUUGUGCUGAAACAUGAUGGCUGCCUCCACUACUACAAACAUAAAAAGGAUGAAGGAAAAUGGCCACCUCUAGAGGUAAUAAAAUUAGAAGGAGCAGAAGUUAGCAUUGAUAGCAGCUUGGGGAAACCUUUCGUGUUUAACUGUGUUCCUCAGUCUGGAAGUAGAAUGUUUUGCCUCUGUGCAACCUCAAACCAAGAAAUGAAAAGGUGGCUUGAAGCAAUGGACAAAGCAGCCCAUCCUAUUCACCAGAAUCACGUCUGGGAAGAUGUUACUGCUCACAACAGCAACCUCCCACCCUUGGCUAUCAAAAAUCCAGAGUGUCUGGGCCUUCUGCACCGGCUGGAUAGAAACACAGACACGUGGGUCCAAUACUAUUGCAUUCUCAAGGAUGGCUGCUUGUAUUUCUAUGCCAGCAUUCGUUCCACCCAGGCCUCAGGAGGCCUAUAUCUCCAUGGUUAUAGGGUCAGUGAACAAACCCAUGGCUUCAAACAAGCGGUAAUUGAACUCAAACCCUCAUCAGAAGAGUUCAAGACUUUUUAUUUCUGUGCAGAAAAUGAAACCGAAAACCAGCGCUGGAUUACAGCUCUGAAGGCAUCUAUCAAAAAAUGGCUUCCUUUGCAUGAGGCUAUUCAGGACUUCAUGAAUCGACCUCUAGAGGAGACCAGAAUGUGAAAGAGAAAGGCUCCAUGAGUUCACCACAAACCUGUAAGAAGAAACAAAAUGCUUCUAUUCAAUGUCAUAAGAUAGAGAUUUUCAAAGGAAUAUCUCUUUAUUGUUACAACUUUGUGAUACAAUUAUAAUUUUUUGAACCAAGGCACCAAUAUCCAGUAUAAUUAUCAAGCAUUUCACUUCCCAUAUUUCUCCAUCAGACUAUAUGUGUUUACCAUCAAAAUAUAGUGAAUGCUCUACUUGCAUCUUUUAAAGUGUAAAUACAGUGAAAGCUACUUAUUUUGUUUUGCGUUUCACAUUGUUUGUAAGAUGUUCUGUUCAAGCUUUCUAGAAUGCCUGGAAUAUAGGAUUCUUGACAAAUUCAAGAUAGUGGAAAUGAAAUGACUGAAAUCAUGAGUAGGAAUAUUUCAGCCUAACAGGCCAUUUUCCAAUAAACAGUAUCAAGUGCCUCCUAGAACUCUUCAGAGUAAGGAAAAUAAUACAAAUCAUUGCUAGAGAAACAAUUAAGAUAAGAAAUUGGAUUAAAUUUACUGGAGAAGACUCAGAAAUGGGAUUGACUUCCUGAAUUUCUGUUACACUGCAUACACAAUGUAAAUCAGGAAUGCACUUCUCUUGAGCCUGAAUACAAAACUUAUUGAUUCAAAAGAAAUGUUAUAACAUGGCUUCAUUUCUCAGUGGAACAAUCUGGAUGUGUAACCAGGAGUUAGUGAUGCAUUUGGAAUAUGGAUCACAGAUUUCAAGUGGUUCAGUUGCAAGAUUCAAGGACUCUAGAAAAACUCACAUAAAAUGAAAGAAAUCUUGUCUUUUUAUAAAAUGAUAGUGCUGUAGAACUCACUAGGACCCUAGAGCUCAACUUUUCUUCUUGAUAGCUUAGGCUCAGAGAGGUAAUGGCCUAUUGGAGAUCACCAGGUUGUUAAUGGUAGGAUUAGAACUAAACUCAGGUCUUUGUCUCUCUGUCCUGUGUUCUCUGCUCAUUGUGCCCAAGAAAAUCUGGAAUGGUUUCAGAGAGACAACAACACCAACCACUAGCAAAUUGUUUAAUAGUUGCCAUUUCCAGCUGAGAAUUGGGCCAAUAGACUAUGCUUAUAUUUCUGUCAUCUCAUAAGAACAUUUUAUGGUUGCUUAGAUUAUUUUCUUUUCCAGACAGCUUUAAAUGUGAAAAGGUAUCAAAAUUCAUGCCAUUUUUAUAUUCGUUAAUUCUUCUUUGCCAGAAAGAAUGUGAUGCUCUCAAAAAAAAAAUGGUGAAAGCUUGUAUCAGAUAAAGGAGUAUUGAGUCUGAGGAUGUGCUCCUUCAUUCAUGCUUUAAGAGAAAGCUGCCUGUAUGAACUCAGGCCAAAAAGACAUGCUGCAAUACCCCGACCAACUUAAUACCAUAACCAGAAAAUAUUCAAUGAACAUCAACAGAUAGACCUCUGUUCUAAAAAAAAUGGUCCCUUUGUUCUCCCAGUAUCUGCUGUGUUAAUAAUGAGGUCUUUCAACAGCAGCAGCAGCAGUAAUGUUCAUGUCAGAACCAGGGGAGGGGGAGGUGGUCAUCAAACCUCCACUCCCUAGCAGUGUUCUCUGCCUUUCUGGAGACUUGCCAUGGAAUGUACAAACUGUGCUGUUUCCAGGCAGCCAGUGAAUGACCAGAGCCAACUGUAACACUGACACAGAGCUCUCCCCUGAAGGAGAAAACAAAUGCAAAUACCUCCGUUAAAUGUGAAUGCGGUUUUCUCCAAAUCAAACACUCAUAUAAAUUGCUUAAAUAUGAAUACUAUGAACUCUUAACUGUAGAGGCAGUGCCCCAAACUACAGUUGUUAUGUCUGGAAGGGUCAGAUGAUCUUAACAAUCUUAGAUAGUAUGCAAAAAUGUUGGUGGGAAAGCAUUUUUAUGUGGAGAAGGUUCGUAACUUGUAUGUGAUCCUCAGAGAUAGGAGUCAAAAAAACGUUCUAAGACUAAGAACAUUUUCCAAGAUCUACCAGGUUUGCAUAUCUAUUAGACAUUAGAAGGAGAGAAAAGUAAAAUAAAUAGUAUACAAAUGGAUUAAAUGUCUGCACAUUUUAGGGUUAGCCAUUUGACAAAUCGAGAAGAGCUCCACUGGAAGAGAACAAGGGAAGGGGUUAUAUUGUGCAAAAAGAAAUGUACUUUUUUUGUCAG